AUGCAACCGGGUACCGUGCAAGCGCCUCGAGCGGGUCUACCCUCACAACCUGCAUUAGAGGAAAGAUCUACACCUUUUCUUGUUAAACCCAUUCCUGACUCUCGCGGCGGCGACCUACCCGCAAAUAUUAAUAAAUUAGUUGUAGGUGACAUAGCGAAGUUAGAUCUUACUAUCAAAGGACCAACAAUUGCUAGAGCCAACAACGAACGCGUUGCUAAAAUGAUGACGGUUCAACGUUUGGAUUCUGAAGACUGGAACUCUGUGCGCUAUAUCGAUACUCAAAAGAAAUACGUUGCGUUCCCGGGUUUCAUGGAACUAAAAGUUAACGAGGAAUUGCGAAAGUUUGAUGAUCCUAAAGCUCCUUUACGAUGGUUUCAAAUGGAGCGUAGUUUUGCUGCGCUGUUCAACGCUGUCAUGGCCCAAAAUGAAUCUGUAAAUGAAGCUUUACAGUCUCUCAUUGAUUGCAGCGGCCCCAAAAAUGUUCGCAUCUGUGACGAACUGGACUGCAGAAAUGCUUCGACACAAGGACUCCGCCUCAUUGUCUACCUGGACGACUAUCUCCUGGCACAUCAGUCCAGGAACCAGCUGGAAGCCCAGGUGAAACUAGCUGUCCAAUUCUUAACCAGUCUCGGAUGGUACGUCAACUUGGAAAAGUCCAUCGUCUCUCCGACAAGUCGGUACAUACAAGCGCGACUCGCAGCAGGCAGUUGGACCCUAAAGCAGGCACAACGCCUCUUAGGGUAUCUCAACUUUGCAACCUUCAUCACCCACCGGGGAAGGUUGCAUUGCCGAACUCUGCAGCGCCAAAGCAACAAGCUUCGCCUGAACCCUCGAGCUCUAAUGAAGUUCUCAGAGGAAGUCCAUCAAAAUUUGGAAUGGUGGUUGGACAACAUUCAUCAAGUGACACCAAUCCAUCACGAGAUGACGACGACAAAUUACCUCGUUACGGACGCUUUCGAUAUACAAUGGGGAGCAUUAGUCAACAACAAGAGGUUACAGGGUGCUUGGGCUCGGCAGCAAAAAAGUUGGCACUGCAACAUGAAAGAAAUGUAUGCAGUGAUCGCCGCAAUAUCAGCCGAAGCAAAAAAUUUGAAAGGCUCCACAGUGAUUCUGCAAAGCGACAACCUGACCGUGAUUGCCUUCAUAAGAAACGAAGGUGGGACCAGGUCAGGGCCUCUCUUAGAGCUGACCAAGGUUCUGCUGACGUUGGUGGACAGCCUCAACAUUGUACUCCUCCCACACCACCUACCGGGAGUUUACAAUAUGGAAGCCGAUCACCUUUCGCGCAACCGCGCCGCUCCCGAGUGGCGGCUAAUGCCAGAGGCCUCAGAAAAGAUCUUGGGCGCAUGGGGAACGCCCGAAAUCGACCUAUUCGCGUCAAGCCUCGCACAUGUUGUUCCAAAUUAUGUCUCGUUAGACUUGGCAGACUCGAACGCUUGCUUUCACGAGGCCUUCAGCAGGCAUUGGCAUUACGACCUGGCCUGGAUAUUCGCUCCACCCAGCCUCCUGCCUCGAGUGCUGCAACACCUCAACUCAGCAUCAGGCAAAUUCAUACUAAUAACACCCAAGUGGAAGAAACCAUUUUGGCGCCCAGACCUCAAAAACAGAUCUUUAACUCGGCCGAGGAAAAUUCAAGAUUUGGAGACGAAUCUCAUAGACACAUCCACAGCGCGGCCACCGGCUCAAGUGGACAGACUGCACCUGGAAGCUUGGCUCAUUUCGGGUGGGAUUCGUUGA